UAUAUACAGCUAAAUCCAUUUAAAUGACACAAAACCAAUUUUAAAAUAGUAAUAUCUUAUGGAAAUAUUGUUUGUGUGUAUCAUUUACUUUCGCGGAAAUUAAAAAAUGGAGAACGGAAGAAGGGAAAACUGGCUUAUUUUCCUUGUGAUAUUAACUGUACAGUGUCACACCAUUGGUGCAUGGAUGUUUAAUGGUCGGCCAGAAGGGGGUAAAGUUGGGGCUCCAUAUGUACCGAAAGGAGUUCAACUCCCGGAUCAGCAAUUCUACGAAUUUCAGAAGGUCAACCAUUUUGACGGAAGCGACUUUAGAUACUGGAAACAACGUUAUUUUGUUAACAAUGUCACAUUUAGAGCAGGAGGGCCUAUUUUUAUAAUGUUAGGUGGAGAAUCGGAGGCAAAUCCCGCGUGGCUAGUCGAUGGCGCAUGGCAACAAUAUGCACGUGAUCAUGGCGCGUUCCUUGUUCUUUUAGAACACCGAUACUACGGUGAAAGCCAUCCUGUUCCGGACUUGAGCACCCCGAACUUGCAGUACCUUAGUUCGAAACAGGCUCUAGCGGAUAUUGCACAAUUCGUCACCUACUUCAAGAAACUAUACAUAUAUCAAUAUCUACAAAACAGUAGUGUUAUAUUGUUCGGAGGAUCUUAUGCUGGUUCAUUGGCAGCUUGGGCUAGAUCCCGCUACCCGUACCUAAUUGACGGAGCAGUUGCAUCUAGUGCCCCCAUGGUGGCUAUGAUGGAAUUUCAAGAUUAUUAUGUCGGGGUUGGCGAGGCACUUGAUAACUACAACACUGACUGUUCUACAGAGAUUAGAAAUGCCACUACACGUAUGUAUGACUGGUGGGGACAGCCGGACAAGAGGGUAUUAAUGCAGAAAAUAUUUAGGCUUUGUGAUAAAAUCGACCAUAACGCUUUACUUGACCUGUCCGUGUUCUUCAACAAUUUGGCCUCAAAUUUUGCCGGGGUUGUGCAAUAUAACAAUGAUAAUAGAGAGUUUUUGGGUAAACAGGGGACUGAUCUGACGAUUAAAACAGUUUGUGACAUCAUGACUGACGAAAGUAGAGGCGACAAUAUACAGCGUUAUGCUGACGUCAACUCACUCAUUCUUGACACGUUUGGCAAGGAGUGUUUGAACCUUAGAUACAAUAAACUAGCGAACUCCCUCAACCAUACAGAGUGGGGAAGUGUUUCGGCAAAAGGAAGCAGGCAGUGGCUUUAUCAAACUUGCUCUGAGUUUGGAUGGAUACAGAGCUCUUGGUCACCGAAACAGCCUUUUAGUCAAUGGUUUCUGUUCCCGUUUAAUUAUACCACCGAUCAGUGUAUUAGUGUUUUCCCGCCAUUUAUAUUUGGCGGAAGUGAGGUUAUCGAUAACAGUGAGCAAACGAAUAGAUUUUAUGGCGGCCUCAGUCUACCAAUAUCGAAAGCUGUGUUUGUAAAUGGAAUGAUGGACCCUUGGAAAAAUGCUGGUUUAACUUGGCCUGGUCCGUAUUCAGACGUUAUUGAAAUCAUUCUGAUUGAGGGGACUGCGCACUGUGCUGACAUGUAUCCACCUUCCUCCAAAGACCCGCCUCAAUUGGCAGCUGCUAGAUCCAAGAUCUCAAAAACCAUCGGAUCUUGGCUAGCUAAUAACUAAUUCAAAUUUAUUUUAUAUUAAUUCAACUUUCAUAUUUUUAAAUAUAUAUAUAUUCGAACAAAAUAUUCACUUCGUGUAAUAAAGGAAGGCG